AUGUCUAUGGCCGCUUUACUUUUUGGUUUUGCUAUGGUCGAUAAUAUACUUCUAUUAUUUAUUAGCGUAUAUAAUAUUAUUACAUUAUCUGAUCUUGAAAUUGAUAUCAUAAAUGUUCGACAAGCCUGUAGCAAACUGAAUCAAACAUUCCUACCGGAAGUUGCCUUACACGUGAUAUUAACUGUCUUAUUCAUAAUUAAUAAUAAUUGGUUUCUUUUCAUAUUCAAUAUUUUAUUAGAUUUUUGGUUUGUUUACAAAUAUUUUAAACGACAACCAGGUCAAUUAGGCGUCUACGAUCCAUUAGAAUUGAAUAAUCGAAGAAGUAUCAAAGCAAAUAUGAGAGAUUUUCUUAUUCGUUUAAUAUUUUAUCUCAUGUGCUUCUUUCUCUAUCUCUUUUUGUUAAUCCAAGAGUUGAUUUGA